CGAUGACGUAACCAUGCGACAGAUCUUCGCUCCGUCUCGGGUGCUGUUUGUCUCGACGACGACCCUACAUGCUGCUGCGCCGGGUAAGCAAGCAGCCAACGGCGGGCUUCGCUCCGUCUCUGUUGGCUUCCAUCCAGCUCCAUCUAGCUCCAGCCAUCCAGCUCUAGCGAGCUGCUUCGCUUUUUCGCCGGCCGCCGGCCCCCCCGGGCGGAUGAUUGAUUGGCACAGCUAACGAAGGGUUAUGUAUGCAUCUAUGCAUGCAGGAAUCAUGCAAUCCUCCCUACAUGUAUGUAGACGGAGAUGCUACCGCACUGCACUGCGGGCUGCCCG